AUUUAAAUUUUUUCAGACAGUUUUUCAUCAAUAGAUAAUGGAAUCUACAUUCAAGAGAUAGUUAAGAUGAACUUAGAUUUGCAGUUUGCGCACAGACAGGACUCCGAUAGCUCCUGGUGUCCUGUUUGUCAGAAGAAGUUUCAGGAAAUAAAACAACUCAAACUACAUUUACUUUAUUCACACAGAAAAAAGAUUUUCUGUUUCUACUGUUUGGAGAAGAAAGGCUGGUCGGACGAAUUUAUAAAACAGAAAAACUAUCAUGAACACUUUGAGCUGGUGCACCAGGAUGUUCCACAGAUCAGAAAACUUAGAGACAAUCAGAUCAGAUCUGAUAGAACCAGAAACAAAACUGAGAAUAAUUUUGAUACAAAGUUAAAGAAAGUUGCUAAGAAAGAACACCCUAACUGCUGCUCAUACUGUCCAGAUUUGCAGCCAUUCAGAUAUGCAUGGGACAGAGAUCGGCACUUGGUGGAGGAGCAUCUGUAUGAUAUUUGUACCCAUUGUAAACUCAUUGGACCUGGUGUAGAUGUGAGCCUGCAUAUAUUGUUGCAUCAUGCUGAAUCUAUCUGCUAUAUUUGCAGAUCUAUUUCCCCUCUGUAUAGACCAGCUGAUAAACUCUACACUCAUCUCCUUAAUUCUCAUCAAGUCAGGACUGGAGCAUUGUACUGUCCUGUUUGUCCUGAUAGUUCAUUCCCUUCAGUAGACCUUACUUCUCAUUUAAUACAGGAGCAUGGAUGUUCUGAGUUAAAACUGCGAGCACUGAAGAGAAAUGUAAAAUCAAGAGCGAAUAUGAUUCGGCCAAAUAACAAUAUGCUAAUCAAGUUCAAAGGUUUACGAAACGAUGAUAACGUCCAUUGUCACGUGAUAACUGUACUUUUACUGCUGGCCCACACACCGUUGUUUAAUUGUCCUGCCCCGCCCGUGCAUGAAGAUGAAAGUUGUACUGAACAUGGAUCCUGUGUACUGCAGACUCUUCUGGAGAAAUACAACAGGUCUGCGAUUUACCUAAAAAUAUUUUAAAGCUUUUAAAGAAAA